CAAUCCAGUCUCUUUUUUUACAUUACAAAAAAGUAACCCUUUUCCCUUCUAUAUUAACAAUGAAGUUCUCUAUUUUCGCCGCUAUUGCCACCCUCGCCACCGCUGUCUCUGCUCAAACCAGCAUUGUCAGUAUCACCUCUCCUCUUACCGGUACCGUCUACACCGCUGGUCAACCUGCCACUAUCACUUGGAUUGACCAACAAGUUCCCAUGAUUCCCAAGAUUGUCUUGGCUAAGGGUAUUCCCACCGCUCUUCAACCCGUUACUGUCAUUGCUCAAAAUGUAGAUGCUAACGCCGGUUCUUACACUUGGAAUGUCCCCGCUGAUAUUGCUCCCGGUGAUAACUACGCUUUAGAAUUGGGUGAAUCUCCCAACAUCUCUUACACUGGUCUCUUCAUCAUCAAGAACCCUAAUGCUCAAGGUAAUACUGGUGGUUCAACCAAUCCUGCUCCUGCUCCUGCUCCUGUUUCCACGGGUGCCUCUCCUGCUGCUGCCAAGCCCUCUGCUUCCGCCAGCUCUUCUGCCUCCGCAGCUCCCGCUCCUUCUUCCUCUCCUGCCGCUCAACCCCAACCCUCUCAACAAGCUGCCAAGGUAAACGUUGUUGAAAAUGGUGCCUUCAAGGUUUCCCUCAACAAGGCUGCUGUUGGUGCCGUUGCUGUUGCUGGUGCCGCUGCUGCUGCUUUGAUUUAAAAAAAAAAAAAUACACAUUGUAACCGUCAAGGAGAGUAGUAUAUCACCUUUUUUUUUUUUUUUUUU